CAGUCGAGUUAAGUGUGUCAUUCAGUUCAGUCCAGUCCAGUUCUCACCUGAGGUUUUUUUUUUUUCUCAAGAUGUUGUGGGCUCGAGUCUUCGUCCUCUCUGUGCUCACCACCCUCCUCAUCCUCACCUUUUCCAAUGUGGUGGAAAACACAGAAGUGCCAGACAGCUCACAACCAGCUGAUGCUAAAGGCACAUCACAGCGGGUGUUCAUGCCUGUGUCGGACGCCUCCAACUUUUUUAAACGUCGUAAUCGGCGCUCAUCCCGAUACUAUGAGAUCCAAGCUGAGCAGAGGGUAAAGAUCGCAGCGAAUGAGCGGUGGAGGGAGCACAACGAGGAGCAGAGGAGUCGGCGUGAGAAUUAUGCUGAGGAGGCCCGUGAUGAGAUAAACGAGAGAACGAGGGAGACGAAUGAGCAGGUGCGAGAGUAUCACUACGACGGCCGCUAUCCUCGCUACUACUGGUCCCACUGAGCUUUUACUUCAAUUGUCUUUGACAUGUUGAGAGCAAGUGCUGCAGUUACUGACAUUUAAUUAAUAAUACGUUUACUUUGACUUAUUUUCAAGAUAAAUUGAGCAGUAUGUCUCCAUGUCGAACUGUAAAGUGUAUUAAAAGUGCACUUUUUCUUUUGUAUCCAAGCCAAAUGUUAUCAUAUUAAACAUUGGGUUUAUGUUUUGCAUGCUUGUUUUUACUAAGUUUUACAUACAGGUAUACAGCUAUGUCCUUUAAAUAGCAGGGAGAAUUGACAAUAACAGAUCAACCUCGUAUAUAAAGACCUUUCUUGCUGUAGGGGGGGAUUGUGGUUUUGUUUUCAUUAAGUCAGAAACGCAUUUUCUUUCAGUCAAAAUGACAAAUAAAUAUGACUUUCCUGA